ACACUGCCGGAUGGUUCCUCGAGUCUCGAGUCGACCCUUCUCGUUUCAUGAGAAUAAAUAACUAGCGUAUAUACUUUGCUUAUAAAUUAUUACAAGAUCUUGUGUGAUUGGAGCAUUCAUGUUGCAUCGAGAAUAGAAAACGAAAGAGCGGUAUUUCGAAGAAACAAGAAGAAAAGAUAAUUACAGUCACUCGAUAUCCUAUAGAUUUGUUCAUGUUUACAGUUUUCUAACCAAAUCUGCUUGUUGCUCGUACUUUACCUAAAACAGACUUUUCCGAUAAUAUAUCGAGAUAAUGUUAACAACAUAAUUAUAUUUCUGAACCUAGGGCCUCGAUUCAAUUUGUUACGGUUAAAAGUAAAUUGAUACUUGGCAUGCAAACGAGCGAUGAAAAAACGAUGAUGCAGUGUAUUUAGAGAAGUUAAUGGAAUCGAACGAAGAAAAACAAAGGAUUAUGGUAAAAGUAUUUCGUUCGACUGCAUUAAAAAGAGAUAAAUAUUUCUGAAUAUUUACGACAAAACAGAGAAUAUUCCGAACGAAGAAACCAUGACCGAAUAAUUUGGUAGGAUGCCCACAAUAGCCAGUUCCUCUUUAACGUACGAAAUUCUUAUGUACCUAAAUUCCUUUUAUUUUGGUAUGUUUGCCAUUUGUGAAUUGGGCAUGGGAUUCUUCAAGGCUGCAAACUUACCUUCGCCUGGUAUCAGUACGACAUUAACAGAGUUUGCACUUUUGUUCUUCCUUAUAACCACCGAAGGUGCCAGAAUCUAUCUUGGAAGAAAAGGAAACUUGACGGAACACGGACUACCAAUUCUUAUCGGAGUUAUUUUAACCGUACCUAGCUCGUUAGCUACAUUGUACUUCUUGAUCUGGCAAAAUUAUGUGCUGCGACUGGAAGUAAUUCUUUGUAGCAUACAACUAGUCCUCUUGGCAUCCGAAUUAAUUAUUUCCAUCUUGUGCCUUAUAGCUAUCUAUCGUCCUCCCUCUCCCGAAGAGUGAGCAAUACCUUGGUUUCCUUCUAUCCUCUUUACAAAUACAUCAAAAUAACGUCGAAAUAAUUGAAAUUUUAUGUGAGA